AAAGUAAAUAAAUAAUAAACAACAGAAUAAAAUGUGUAAUUGAUGACACAAUAAAUGUCAAAAUGAAUUUAGAACUAUUGGAAUCAUUUGGACAAAAUUAUCCAGAGGAAUUUGAUGGUACACUUGAUUGUAUAUCACUUGCUGUGACAUGUACAUUCAAUAAAAGAGGAACACUACUUGCUGUUGGAUGCAAUGACGGACGUAUUGUCGUUUGGGAUUUUUUAACUAGAGGAAUUGCCAAAAUAAUAAGUGCUCAUGUACAUCCAGUUUGUUCAUUGAGCUGGUCAAGAAAUGGUCAUAAAUUACUAAGUGCUUCAACUGAUAACAAUGUUUGUAUUUGGGAUGUUUUAACUGGUGAAUGUGAUCAAAAAUAUAAAUUUCCAUCACCAAUAUUAAAAGUACAAUUUCACCCAAGAAAUCCAAAUAAAUUUUUAGUAUGUCCAAUGAGACAUGCAGCUGUUAUGGUUGAAAUUGAAGGUACACAUCGUGUUAUACCAUUGGAUGAAGAUAGUGAUUUGAAUAUUGUAGCGUCAUUUGAUCGUCGUGGUGCAAAUAUAUUUACUGGUAAUGCUCGUGGACGAAUAUUAGUACUUGAUGCAGAAACAUUAAAAGUCAAAGCAUCAUAUAAAAUAUCACAAGGUACAGCAAGUAAUACAGCUGUUAAAAGUAUUGAAUUUGCUCGACGUGGUUCAUGUUUUUUAAUAAAUACAUCUGAUCGUGUUAUACGUGUUUAUGAUAGUACUGAAAUAUUAGCUUGUGGUAUUGAUGGUGAACCAGAGCCAAUACAAAAAUUACAAGAUUUAGUCAAUAAAACAAUGUGGAAAAAAUGUUGUUUUUCUGGUGAUGGUGAGUAUGUUUGUGCUGGUUCAGCAAGACAACAUGCACUUUAUAUUUGGGAAAAAAGUAUUGGAAAUUUAGUUAAAAUUUUACAUGGUACUAAGGGUGAACUUUUACUUGAUGUUGUGUGGCAUCCAGUUAGACCAAUAAUUGCAUCUAUAUCAUCUGGAGUUGUAUCAAUUUGGGCACAAAAUCAAGUUGAAAAUUGGUCAGCAUUUGCACCAGAUUUUAAAGAACUUGAUGAAAAUGUUGAAUAUGAAGAACGUGAAAGUGAAUUUGAUUUAAGUGAUGAGGAUAAAUCAGUUGUUCAAGGAGAAGAAGCACAUGAUAUUGAUGUUGAUGUUGAUGUUGCUGCAAUUGAUCGUGUUGCUGCAUUAUGUAGUUCUGAUGAAGAGACUGAAGAUAUUGAUUCAUUACAAUUUUUACCAAUUGCACCGGAUGUUGAAGAAGCAGAAGAGGGUCAAUCUACCUCACAUGAUCCACCAUCAAAAAAACAUCGUUCACAUGAUAUUAAUUUACAGGGUGCACCAACUGAUGAAACGCAUCCUAUGCUGAAUAAAGGUAAAGAUAAACCAGCUGCUAAAAAAGGCCGACCUCGACUUGAACAUCGUAAAGGCAAAUAAUUUUUUAUUUUUAUUUUUAUUAUAAUUAAAAAAUUUAUAUUUCAUUAGCUUAAUUAACGAAAUUUAAAUGAAUAAAUUUUUUUUUAUCAAGCAAAACAAUUCUUUUGCACUGAGUUACUAUUUUUAACUAAAAAAAAAUUAUUAUCAGCUAAAAAAAUACACUGAUGGUUUGUGAAUAUGUCAAAUGUCCAAUAUCACGUCGACAUGGGAAAUUAAUUGUUGAUUAUUUUCAUAAAUCAUUGGCAUAAAUAAAUUCAACAUAAAAAAAUCAUGAGAUUGUAUGUAAAAAUGUCAAGAUCACAUGAGCUCAAUGAUUGUCCAAGAAAAAAAAACGACAAUCAACAAAAUAUUCAGUUAAAAUUCUCAUAAUUAUUUCAUACAGAAACAUGAAACAUUUCAAAUAUAAUUAGAGUAAUUAUUUAAAAAAUAAAAAUACAUACAUUAUGAGAGGAUACGAAAUAAACAAGCAGCUUCUGCUCCACAGUCAUGAAUCUUGUAUCACAAU